GCUCUCCAGCGAAGCGCGCAGGUAAGUGGAGGCUCUUGCAUCUCGACGCGAAUUCGUCUACAGAAGCUCCUUACAGACAUGAAGUGGCAAACGUUCGUGGCGGGAUUGUUCCCGCUGCUGCUGGAGGGAGCGCUGGGAUACUUCGAUCCGGAUUGCGGUGGGAAACAGGUCAUUGUUCAUCUUUUCGAAUGGAAAUGGACAAGCAUCGCCGAAGAAUGCGAGCGAUUCCUCAGCGCGGCUGGCUUCUGCGGCGUUCAGGUGUCGCCGGUGCACGAGCACGUGAUAGUAACCACGGACGCAAUGCGCCCUUGGUGGGAGCGGUACCAACCGGUCAGUUACAAGCUCACGUCCCGAAGCGGAACGGAGGAGGAAUUCAUCGACAUGGUCCAGCGAUGCAACGCCGUCGGAGUGAGGAUCUACGUGGACGCCGUCUUGAACCACAUGGCCGGACUCGGCAGAUCCGGGAUCGGGACUGCCGGCUCCUCCUUCGAUUCCGAUGCCCACGAUUUCCCCGGAGUCCCCUUCACCGUCGCCGAUUUCACCCCCCGUGACAUGUGUCCCUCUCACGACGGGAACGUGAACAACUACGGAGAUCCAAACAACGUGCGGAACUGUUACUUGGUCGGCCUGACCGACUUGUACGGAGCGACAGACUACGUCAGGCAGAAGCAGAUAGAAUAUCUGAAUCGGCUGCUGGAAAUCGGGGUCGCUGGCUUCCGAGUCGACGCCGCCAAGCACAUGUGGCCCGCGGACCUGGAAGCGAUUCAAGGAGGACUCAGCAAACCGGCUUUCUUCUAUCACGAAGUGAUCGACAGGAAUGACGGAGCCGUGAAGGUCGACGAGUACUUCCACCUUGGUCGCGUGACGGAAUUCCGGUAUUGCUCCAAGAUCGCCACGGGCAUCCGGGAUUUCAGCCAGUUGGGGAACUUGAUCGACCUUGGCUGGGGGAUGUGCCCAUCUGACAAGGCCUUCGUCUUCGUCGACAACCACGACAACCAGAGGGGACACGGAGGCGCCGGUGACGUGAUCACCCAUAAGGACCCGUUCCUGUACAAGCUGGCCAUAUCUUACAUGCUUGCCUAUCCGUACGGCUUCACUCGGGUCAUGAGCAGCUACUUCUUCGAAAGCACUGAUGAAGGUCCUCCACACGAUGGAAAUUACAACACCCUGGAUGUCACGAUCAACCCAGAUGGAAGCUGUGGAAACGGAUGGGUGUGCGAGCACAGAUGGGCGCCCAUCACCCGCAUGGUUGCAUUCAGGAACGCUGUGGCAGGGACAGAGUUGGCAAACUUCUUCUUGGAAGGCGAUAACGUGGCCUUCUCUCGAGGGGACAAGGGAUUCUUCGCCAUCGCCAAGUCUGGCUCCAUGGAUAGGACGUUUCAGACCGGGAUGCCGGCGGGGACGUACUGCAACAUAAUCGACGGGUGUGCGUCGCAGGUGACCGUGAACGGUGACGGGAAUGCGCAGAUCCGCAUCACCAAUGCCGAUGAGCCGAUCCUGGCCAUCUGUCAAGGAUGCGAUGGAGACACCUGGCCGACCCCUGACCCGACUGCAACGACGCAGUCGACGGAGCCGACCACCGUGGGACCCACGGAGCCGCCCAUCACGGACGGCAUCCAUCGGACGGUCGUGUUGAUCCACAAGCAGACGAAUCCGGGGCAGGACAUGUUCAUUCGGGGUGGAGUGGGGCACGAUCAACGGCCCGGAUGCGAAGAAGAUGCGGAGACGAGCGAGUGUGCCAUCAGCAUAACGACCAAUUCCCUGGGAGAAACUGCACACUACGAAAAAUACAAUUCCUGGAGGGAAGGGGACACUAAGCUGGAUUGGUAUGGAGUGCAAACUGGACAGGGAACGUUUAAUGGGCAACCGGCAGAUGGAAGCCCUCUCGCCUGGACCUCCCAUCUCACAGCCUCUCCCGGCUAUCAGCCCUUGAACACUUACGGAGAGCAUUACUGGAUGUUGGAUAUGGACAUGGAUUGCUCGGAGACGGAAGAGGGAUGGUUCGAGGUGAAGGCGUACGUCACGAAUGGAGUCGGCUGGGAAACGGAUGUGACUCAGGCAACGAAUUGUUUGGGGUCCGCUGGUGGGUCUGCUCCUUAUGGCUCUCCCAAUCACAUGGGAAAAUGUGGUUACCUCAACGUCUUCAAGUUCUCCAAUCCCAUCUGCACCAUCGAGGUGAUGAAUGCAUGGUAGACGGAGCGACAUUUCCUAUCAAUAAAAUGCGUUCUGUGCACGGAACUAAAAAAUUCCUGAACAGAUGUCUGAACACCUGU